ACUUCCGCUCUCGUCUUCGCGCAUCUACUACAUCCUCUACAUUUCCGGAGCGAUCAACGUAUGUUUCUUGUAUCUCAUCUGGGGAGCUGCCUCCGCCUUGCGCAUAUUUGCGAUCAAUGGCAGGAAGUACGGACUCCCUGCGGUGGUGAUGAUCUUCUCGCUUGUACCGUUUGCAACGAACAUCUUAAACCUGUCGACCGUUGGUGUGACCCCCGCCCCUCCUCCCCGUAAUUGUGUGGUUACUCGGGGUGCUAUCACGCCUUUGCUGUACAAACUCGAGAUCGCUGCGCGCGUCAGUGCAAUGUUGGCCGACGCUGUGGUGCUCCUAGCAACGUGGAAGGUCACUGGCGGAGUCCGGAAGCUCGCGAGAGGGGUUGACAUCGACAUUUCGAUGACCAGACUCUUGCUCCGGGACGGAACCCUAUAUUUCCUGGCACUUUUACUCAUGAACUUCCUCGUCCUGGCAUUGAACGUCUCACCCAUAAGCUUUGCAGGCAGCAACGUCGCGAUGCUGUCAGAUGUCGCGACGACCAUCCUUCUUUCGCGGCUGUUCCUCAACCUCCGCGAGGCGGCCCUGGCGCCAUCAAUGACCUCGAGUACGUCACACGUGUCUGACCUGCACUUCUCGCAGGUCCUUGGGCCCCUUGGGAACUCGAUCGAUGACGGACCGGACAACGAGCCGGAGUUGGACAAGGAUGACUCGGACGCGCCGCAGGAAGUGGUUGACUCCGACUUCGAGCUGAGAGAACUUGGGGAGGCUUCGGGAGCGAACGUAGCUUCUCCAUAAGUAAUUCGGUCUUCAUACACUUAGCCCUUAACCUAAUGCGCUUAUAAACUAACACAUCAUUGACAAUAUUUCCA